AUGAUUUCAAACAAAAUGGAGUCUAAUGGAGAAAAAGGAAGGGUUCAAGUGUCAGAAGAAACCAAACAAUUAUUAGAAGUCCAAUAUCCUGGAGCAUUUAGUUUUAUUCAUAACAAAUUAAUAGAAUUCAAAUCGAUUAAUAGACAAACAAAUGGUUAUUUUGUUGAACCACAAAAAAAUGAUUCUGGAUUUGAUGAUUCAAAUCAACCUAGCGAAAGAGAAUCUUUUAAAAUAUGA